UAAAUAAUUACCUUUUCUUUUUAUUUAAAAAUUUAACUUGUUGCAGGAUUUUACCAGAUACUGGUGCUCAAACGGUCUGCCAUUCAGGCUAAAUAUUGAAACUCUACGUUUAUCAUGGGCAUUACCGGUUGUUCCAAGAAGUUUUCGUUUGGAUGCGCUCGCGGAACUAACUGUGGCUUAUCAUGAAAUCGAGAACGAUUAUCCUGCCGUCGUACUUUUCGCUUGCCAUGUUGGAAGGAUGACAUUAUUGAUACUGAGAGAUCAAUUGAUUACAAGAAACAUAACUGAGGAGUUCAUGCAGUCUUUGAUUCGUCGUUGCGGAAAAGAAAGUUUGUCUCUACAAAAUGUUCUCGCUCAAAUCCGAAAUAUCAUUGAGACGGGCGCACGAGGAUUUCCAGGUGUAAGGGUAACGAAUGAUGAUGAUCACGAUACCUACCGCAAUAAUAUCAGGAUUUAUAAUCUCCAGCGACUGCUAGUCGACGGGAAUAUUACCCCUCGACAGUUUAUGGAGCGGGUAAUUGAUGUAUAUCAGAGAGAUAUGAUUUCUCUAGCAAUUCAGGAAGAGGUUCGUCACCCGAUUGAGAUUCCAAGAUUUGAGGAUCUAGAGACAAGAGGAAGAAUGGAAGCCGAACCAGAGCUAGUAGCCAUGGGACCCGACUAA